AUGUUGGAAGGCUGGAACCGCGCUGGAGAACAACUGGCUGUCUCAGGACGCGGCAGCGGGAGGUGUCGCUUCUUUCCUCUGCCUCUUGCUGCCGACCCACGUGUUUGGAUCGUCACCGGCGGCCGGCGAGAGGACAGGAUUGCCAUUCCCAAUGGUGUGAAGCUGAAAUGUAUCUCCUGGAACAAGGACCAAGGCUUCAUAGCCUGCGGUGGUGAAGAGGGAUUACUGAAAGUUUUGAAGUUAGAGACACAGACAGACGAUGCAAAGCUAAGGGGCCUUGCAGCUCCCAGUAACCUGUCCAUGAAUCAGACUCUGGAGGGCCACAGUGGUUCCGUCCAAGUGGUGACAUGGAACGAACAGUACCAGAAGUUGACGACCAGUGACCAGAACGGGCUGAUCAUCGUGUGGAUGUUGUAUAAAGGCUCUUGGUAUGAGGAGAUGAUCAACAGUCGGAACAAGUCAGUGGUCCGCAGCAUGAGCUGGAACGCCGACGGCCAGAAGAUCUGCAUCGUGUACGAGGACGGGGCUGUGAUCGUGGGGUCUGUGGACGGGAAUCGUAUCUGGGGUAAAGAACUGAAGGGCAUACAGCUGUGCCACGUAGCAUGGUCCGCAGAUAGCAAAGUCUUACUGUUUGGAAUGGCAAAUGGAGAAAUACACAUUUACGAUAAUCAAGGAAACUUUAUUAUGAAGAUGAGGCUGAGCUGCUUGGUGAACGUCACCGGAGCAAUCAGCAUUGCUGGGAUUCACUGGUACCACGGCACGGAGGGCUACGUGGAGCCGGAUUGCCCCUGCCUUGCCAUUUGCUUUGACAAUGGGAGAUGCCAAAUCAUGAGACACGAGAAUGACCAAAACCCCGUUCUGAUAGAUACGGGCAUGUACGUGGUCAGUGUCCAGUGGAACCACAUUGGCAGUGUGCUGGCUGUGGCUGGCUCCCAGAAAGUGGCCACGCAGGACAAAGAUGUCAACACCGUGCAGUUCUACACCCCGUUUGGUGAGCAUCUGGGUACUCUGAAGGUUCCUGGAAAGCAGAUGUCUGCACUCUCUUGGGAAGGAGGGGGACUUAAAAUUGCGCUAGCUGUUGAUUCCUUCAUUUAUUUUGCAAAUAUUCGACCUGAUUAUAAGUGGGGCCAUUGCUCAAAUACUGUGGUUUAUGCGUACACCAGACCCGAUCGUCCUGAGUACUGUGUGGUCUUUUGGGAUACAAAAAAUAACGAGAAGUAUGUUAAAUAUGUGAAGAGUCUCAUUUCGGUCACCACCUGUGGUGAUUUCUGCAUUUUGGCUACGAAAGCUGACGAAAGCCAUCCUCAGGAGGAGAAUGAGAUGCAGACCUUUGGUGCAACGUUUGUGCUAGUUCUUUGUAACUCGAUCGGCACACCCUUGGAUCCCAAGUACAUCGAUAUUGUACCACUAUUUGUUACAAUGACCAAAACCCAUGUCAUAGCAGCUUCAAAAGAAGCAUUUUAUAUCUGGCAAUAUCGUGUGGCCAAGAAGCUCACGGCACUGGAAAUCAAUCAGAUCACACGAUCUCGAAAAGAAGGGAGAGAAAGAAUUUAUCAUGUUGAUGAUACGCCUUCUGGAUCAGUGGAUGGGGUGCCUGAUUAUACUAAAGCCAUUCAAGGCACAAGAGAUCCAAUUUGUGCGAUAACUGCAUCUGAUAAGACAUUACUUGUGGGUCGGGAGUCUGGCACCAUUCAGAGAUACAGCCUCCCCAAUGUUGGGUUGAUUCAAAAGUAUUCUCUGAAUUGUCGAGCCUACCAGUUAUCUUUGAAUUGCAACUCAAGCCGUCUCGCUGUCAUAGACAUCUCAGGAGUUCUGACUUUCUUUGACCUGGAUGCUCGGGUGACGGACAGCACAGGGCAGCAGGUGAUCGGCGAGCUGUUGAAACUGGAGCGGAAGGAUGUCUGGGACAUGAGGUGGGCCAAGGACAACCCUGCCCUCUUUGCAAUGAUGGAGAAGACAAGAAUGUAUGUUUUCAGAAACUUGGAUCCUGAGGAACCCAUUCAGACCUCUGGAUAUAUUUGUAACUUUGAGGAUUUAGAAAUUAAAUCUGUUCUUUUGGAUGAGAUAUUAAAGGAUCCAGAACAUCCAAACAAGGAUUACAUACUUAACUUUGAGAUUCGGUCCCUGAGAGAUAGUCGAGCCUUGAUUGAGAAGGUUGGGAUUGAAGAUGCAUCUCAAUUUAUAGAGGACAACCCACACCCCAGACUUUGGCGCCUGUUAGCUGAAGCAGCUCUUCAGAAACUGGACUUGUGCACUGCACAGCAAGCGUUUGUGCGCUGCAAAGAUUACCAAGGCAUCAAGUUUGUCAAGCGCCUGGGCAAUCUGCAGAGCGAGGCCAUGAAGCAAGCGGAAGUCGCUGCCUAUUUUGGCAGGUUUGAAGAGGCAGAAAGGAUGUACCUUGACAUGGACAGGCGGGACCUUGCUAUUGGCCUCCGGCUGAAGUUGGUGGACUGGUUCAGAGUACUGCACCUCCUGAAAACUGGGUCAGGCGAUGCAGACGACAGCCUCCUUGAGCAAGCUCACAAUGCCAUCGGGGACUACUUCGCUGACCGACAGAAGUGGUUGAAUGCUGUACAAUAUUAUGUACAAGGUCGGAACCAGGAACGCUUAGCUGAAUGCUAUUAUAUGUUAGAAGAUUAUGAAGGAUUAGAGAAUCUUGCCAGUUCACUGCCAGAAAACCACAAGUUACUUCUGGAAAUAGCUCAGAUGUUUGUGAGAGUUGGAAUGUGUGAACAGGCUGUGGCCGCGUUUCUGAAAUGUAAUCAGCCGAAGGCCGCUGUGGACAGCUGUGUGCAUCUCAACCAGUGGAACAAAGCUGUUGAAUUGGCUAAAAGUCAUAGUAUGAAAGAAAUUGGAUCGCUGUUAGCUAGGUAUGCAUCGCAUUUACUGGAAAAAAAUAAGACUCUUGACGCCAUAGAACUCUAUCGGAAAGCCAGCUACUUUUUUGAUGCUGCUAAACUGAUGUUUAAGAUUGCUGAUGAGGAGGCAAAGAAAAGAACUAAACCGUUGCGUGUGAAGAAGCUCUACGUGCUGGCAGCCCUGCUGGUCGAGCAGUACCAUGAGCAGGUGAAGAGUGCCCAGCGAGGGAAGGUCAAAGGGAAGAGUUCAGAGGCCACUUCUGCCUUGGCUGGUUUGCUGGAGGAGGAAGCUCUGCCCACAGCUGGCCGGUUCACAGACAGUGCGUGGAGAGGGGCCGAGGCGUACCACUUCUUCCUGCUCGCUCAGAGGCAGCUGUACGAGGGCUACGUGGACACCGCACUGAAAACAGCUCUUCAUCUGAGAGACUAUGAAGACAUUAUCCCUGCAGUUGAGAUCUACUCUUUGUUGGCACUCUGUGCAUGUGCCAGUCGAGAUUUUGGCACCUGCUCGAAAGCUUUUAUUAAACUGGAAUCUUUAGAGACCCUGAGUUCAGAGCAGAAACAGCAAUAUGAAGAUCUUGCUCUAGAAAUAUUCACCAAGCAUCCUCCAAAAGAUAACAGGAAACCCGAAUUGGACAGCCUUCUUGAAGGUGGAGAAGGGAAGCUGCCCACGUGUGUGGCCACGGGAAGCCCCAUCACCGAGUACCAGUUCUGGAUGUGCAGUGUGUGCAGGCACUGUGUGCACACGCGGGUGGUCAGCAGCUGCACCUUCUGUCCCCUGUGCCACAGUGCGGUGGGGUAAGCACAGGUGCGUUGUGUACACCUCAAGUGGGCAGAGCUUGUGGACCUGCCUAUAACUGUACAUGUAAUAAGGUUGAUUUCCACUGGUGUUAAUGAACACCAGAUUCAUUAUUUUGUAGUUGUAGUUUUGCAGAAAAUAUGUAUGUGAAGGUAAGAGAUUCAUUUUUGUUCAGAAUACAAUUAUGAGUGAGGCUAAGUAAUAUAAAAUUUAGGAAGCUAACUUCAUUUUCUAU